AUACCAACAAUAAUUUGUACACUCGCAUAGCUCCAGCACUUCUAUCUCCAUCCCUCUCGCCAUGGCUCCGGAACUCCCCAGAAACAUCGGCUGGGUCGGCCUGGGGUUGAUGGGUCUGCCAAUGGCAACAAAUCUGGUGAAGAAGAUGGAUUCCGACACCAAGUUCUUCGUAUUCGACGUUGUCCAGGAAAUCGUUGAUAAAUUCGUGAAUCUCGAAGGGGGCAGAGGCAGGAUAGAGGCGUGUGGAAGUGCGAAAGAAGUCGCCGAUAAGUCUGUAUGCACGUCUCUGAAUAGUCCUCCCGAACUACCAGGAGCCUUCAUGCUGAUGAUUGACACAGGAUCUGGUUCUCUCCAUGGUCCCGGAAGGAAGCCAUGUGCGUUCCGUCUAUCUCACCGACGACAAGGGCGUGCUGGCCAGCGAUCUCGGCUCGAAGAUUCUCAUCGACUGCUCUACAAUCGACACCGGCACCUCUCUCGAAGUCCGCGACGCAGUAGCAGAAAAGUACCCCAAAGCGAGUUUCUACGAUGCCCCAGUCUCAGGAGGCGUGAUGGGUGCUGAGAAGGGAAGUCUGACCUUCAUGCUCGGAUGCAAGCAAGAUGACCACAACGUCGAUCUCCUCACCACGCUUUUGAGCUUGAUGGGCGGCAAUGUCUUCCCCUGCGGUGGAGCCAGCCUCGGAUUGACGGCGAAACUGUGUAACAACUACACGUCCGGCCUCAUCGCGAUAGCCGUCAGCGAGGCGAUGAACAUCGGGAUGAAGUCCGGCAUGGACCCGCGCGUGCUUGCCAACAUCUUCCACACCUCCACUGCGCAAUCUUCCAUUCUGGACGACUGGAAUCCCGUGCCGGGCCUGUGUCCCGAUGCGCCAGCCUCCAAGGGCUACAAGGGUGGCUUCCGCGUGCAGCUCAUGAAGAAGGAUUUCGGGCUGGCGGUCGACACGGCUGAUCGGGUCGGGGUGAAGUUGGCGCUUGGGGAUGCGGGUUUGCAGGUUUAUCAAGACGCGAGCACAGAUGAGAAGUGUAAGGAUUUGGAUUCGAGGGUGGUGUAUAGGUUACUCGGUGGAAAUGAGGACUGGAGGAAGGAUUUCCCCGAGGAGGUGGAGAUGAAGAAGGAUGCUACGAAGAAGGCUCUCGAGAUUGGGAAGAAACAGAUGGCGGAGAGUGGAAAAAAGAAAUAGAUAUAGAGGCAGCAAUAUGAUUGUACUGGCC